GUUCUCAGACAUCUUCCCUCCUCCUCAGACAGCUCUCUCUCUCUCUUAUAUUCUUUCCACAGUGGAAGAGGUAUAAGAAGGGAUCAAAGCUAAAUCUUUGUGUAUAGUUAAAACUUUUUACUAAUCUUACGGUUCAACUUGUCAUACCAUCGAAUUCCGGUUUUCGAAUUCGGUGUCUGUGAGGUUUUGAGUUGAUCGGAUCUCGAGAGUGAGAAUGAUGUGGAGGAACAUUGCUGCCUUCUCCAAGGCUGCGGCUGCGGCAAGAACUCACGGAUCUCGGCGGUGCUUGUCAACGGCGAUUCCUGGUCCUUGCAUCGUUCACAAGCGUGGUGCGGAUAUCCUCCACGAUCCAUGGUUCAACAAGGACACUGGUUUUCCAUUGACUGAGAGAGAUAGAUUGGGGCUAAGAGGCUUGCUCCCUCCUCGUGUUAUAUCCUUUGAGCAGCAAUACGCCCGUUUCAUUGAGUCCUUUCGGUCGCUAGAGAGGAACACGCAAGGUCAGCCAGACAACGUUGUGUCAUUAGCAAAGUGGAGGAUUCUCAAUAGGUUGCAUGACCGUAACGAGACUUUGUACUACCGAGUCCUUAUUGAUAAUAUCAAAGAUUUCGCCCCAAUCAUAUACACACCCACGGUUGGACUGGUUUGUCAGAACUAUUCGGGUUUGUAUAGAAGGCCCCGAGGAAUGUACUUCAGUGCCAAAGACAAGGGAGAGAUGAUGUCUAUGAUCUAUAACUGGCCUGCUCAUCAGGUUGAUAUGAUUGUCAUCACUGAUGGUAGCCGUAUCCUUGGCUUAGGAGACCUUGGAGUUCAGGGUAUUGGGAUUCCUAUUGGUAAGCUUGACAUGUAUGUCGCUGCAGCAGGAAUCAAUCCACAGAGAGUUUUGCCAAUUAUGUUGGAUGUGGGCACGAAUAAUCAAAAGCUCCUACAGAACCCUCUCUAUUUAGGACUCAGACAACCUAGGUUGGAAGGAGAGGAGUACCUUGAGAUUGUUGAUGAAUUUAUGGAAGCUGCAUUCACACGUUGGCCUAAGGCUGUCGUUCAGUUCGAAGAUUUCCAAGCGAAAUGGGCUUUUGAAACUUUGGAAAGAUAUAGGAAGAAGUUUUGCAUGUUCAAUGACGAUGUCCAGGGAACUGCUGGUGUUGCUCUCGCUGGACUAUUGGGAACUGUAAGAGCCCAAGGUCGGCCUUUGUCUGACUUUGUGAACCAAAAGAUUGUUGUGGUGGGAGCUGGAAGUGCCGGGCUCGGUGUAACUAAGACGGCAGUACAGGCGGUUGCGAGAAUGGCAGGCAUCAGCUUCGCUGAAGCAACGAAAAACUUCUACUUGAUAGAUAAAGAUGGUCUUGUCACCACGGAGAGGUCAAAACUUGACCCAGCAGUUGUACCUUUUGCCAAAAAUCCAGCUGAGAUACGUGAGGGAGCAAGUAUCGUUGAAGUGGUGAAGACAGUGAGGCCACAUGUUCUUCUUGGUUUAUCUGGAGUGGGUGGCAUCUUCAAUGAAGAAGUUCUCAAGGCAAUGCGAGAAUCUGAUUCAUGCAAGCCCGCCAUUUUUGCUAUGUCGAAUCCAACCUUGAAUGCCGAGUGCACCGCUGCUGAUGCAUUUAAGCACGCCGGAGAAAACAUAGUCUUUGGAAGCGGAAGCCCAUUUGAAAACGUUCAACUUGAGAGUGGUAAUGUUGGGCAUGUGAAUCAGGCCAACAACAUGUACCUAUUCCCCGGGAUAGGGUUAGGGACUCUUCUGUCUGGUGCACGUAUUGUAACUGAUGGGAUGCUGCUAGCUGCUGCUGAAUGCCUUGCGUCCUACAUGACUGACGAAGAAGUUCAAAAAGGCAUCCUUUACCCUUCAAUCAACAACAUCCGACACAUAACAGCUGAGGUAGGGGCGGCUGUUCUAAGAGCUGCGGUAUCUGAUGACAUUGUAGAAGGACAUGGGGAUGUUGGUCCCAGAGAUCUCAGUCACAUGUCCAAGGAGGAGACAGUGGAUUACAUCACAAGGAACAUGUGGUUCCCAAUUUACAGCCCUCUCGUGCACGAGAAGUAGACAGUAGUGGCUCUUUGAACACUCUCAGCUCUCAUAAUAAAAGCCAGAAAUACAAAACAUAACAAGUUCCUCCUUGUAUUAUUUGCGAUCAACAACAUUGUUUCUUCUUUUCUCAGUAUGUGAUGCUACAAAAGCCAUGAUGGCAAAUGUUUAAAAAGACAGAGAACAAGAAACAGGGUUAGCUCUAGGUCACCUGUACCUUGUCCUUUUUCCGAUAUUUUUUCCAAUUUCUUAAGAUUAUGUCUGAAAAGAUUAUAUAACACUAUACAUUUUUUGGGACAAUAACAUUCCUUUGAAUC